CAGGCAUGACUAUCACGAAGAUGCAGGAUUGACUUCUCUGACGGUCAUCGAGAGGUAUUCUGGGCCAAUUCUCUAAAUCCGUAUCCCUGCUGCAUAUCAGAAUGAACCAAUCCCCACGACUAACCACAGUCCCUAACCUUGAGGUGCCUGACAAGCAGCCCGCCGUACGCUGCGAUACCUCUCCACGGUCAGGGUAACAGCGUAAAUCGUUUUACCAAGCUCCGUCGCCUCCUUAAUUUAAGAUCCCCCUGAAUUUCCUCUUUCCCUGGAACGCUUUCUCUCCUUUUUGCUCCCUUUCGUCCUCACAGACCUGCAAAAACACUCUCAACAUGUUGACGUCCAGGCGACACCAUCAAUCCCACUCAGACAGCUUUUCUUCCAAAUACGGAACUUCAAAAGCUAUUUCUCGCUCCAAGCGGUACACUCGGGACACUUCAGUGGUGUCGAGACGCCCCGAAAGGCGCAAAGUACCAGAUAGUCCGCCAGAUGGGAGCUCUCUAUCCUCUUCUGUAAUCACCAUUUGCGUCGGCCAAGACCGACGGCUUUUCGCCGCCCACAAGGAAAUCCUCUGCGCUUCACCCUUUUUCGCAACAGCAUGCUCCCGUGCCCAGACACUUGACCCCUUCAACGGUCGGCGAAUUGCCUUGCCCGAAGAGCAACCGGAGGUAUUCUCUUGCAUCCUGGAGUACCUCUACAGAGGCGAUUACUAUCCCCGAUUGGUUCAAAAUGAGCGGCGCGACACAUGGGAACUGGAGAAUCCUAGGCUCAUGGACGGGCAAACCGACGGAGCUACGCUUUCCCAUCCAGCUGCUGAGGGUGAAAUCCUGAAAGACACAGCUGUCUACUGUGCCGCAAACAAGUACGGCCUGGAACAUCUCAAGCGCCUUUCCCUCGUGAAGCAGGGCUUACAUACAGGUAUUCAGUGCAGCACUAUCCUUGCAAGUGCUCGCUAUGCCUAUGCGAAUACGCCGGACCACGAAUCUAAGCUCCGAGCUCACUACCUCGCUCUUAUCAUCCGCAGUAGGUCCACCUUUAAGAGGAGUGGUACGAUGCAAAUGGAGAUGGAAAAGGGAGGCAAAUUAUUUUUCGAUCUUUUUGUGGCCAUGAGUAACCAUAUGGAUGACCUCACGGCGCCGACUACUAAGCCUUCCUUUGCCGCAUGAUUGUUUCCGACCAUGUCGUUUUGAUAUCACUGAUUUAACUGGUGUGAUACGACACCAAGAUUAAGACUGUAGGAUUUGAUUAAUGUUUACUUGAAUGCUUUAUUGCUUAGCGCUCUGUUUCUUUGCUCUUCUAUUUACCUGCUCGGCGUUUUAGCUAAUAAUUACGGGUCCCGUGUCUCCAUUAACUAUGCUCUACUCUGCUGUACUAUAUCCUGUUGACCCGA